UUAUAAUAGAAAUCGGCAGAGUAGUCAGGGUGGCUAGCGAGCGCAAGUGGUGACAUUAUUGAAACCAAACAAAGUCAUUAUUCUACGAAGCCGGAUAUACAUGAGCGUAUAUACGCGGACAAUAGACUCAACGCUCUGUAAAAAAAUAACAACAAACAGACGAAAGUUCAUUUUUCAAAAUUAGAGCAGCGAUUUGAUAUUGAAAAGAAAAUAAAUUGAAAGCUAUGUCAAGUUUGGGCCGUUUACGUUUAAUAACCUUUGAUGUGACCAACACUUUGCUGCAAUUCCGUUCAAGUCCCGGCAAACAAUAUGGUGAAAUUGGCGCCCUAUUCGGUGUACGUUGUAAUAACAAUGAUUUGGUGAAAAAUUUCCGAGCAAAUUGGCAAAAAAUGAACCGAUUGUAUCCAAAUUUUGGCCGGCACUCAGCUUUGCUGGAAUGGCAGCAGUGGUGGAGAGAGUUGAUUGCUAACACAUUUGCCGAUAGCGGGGCGCGUAUACCAGAAGAUAAAAUCGAAAAUUUCAGCAAACAUUUACUCGAGCUGUAUAAGACCUCAUCAUGCUGGCAGCAUUGUAAUGGUAGUGUUGACCUACUCAACUACUUGCGCAUGCAACAACAAUUGGGAGCUAGAGAAAACGGCAAGGGGGAACAACCCUUUGUUAUGGGAGUGAUUGCAAAUUUUGAUCCACGUCUACCCAAGCUUUUGGGUAAUUUAAAAAUUGAUCAUUUUCUUGAGUUUGCUCUCAACUCCUAUGACUGUAAGGUGGAAAAACCAAGUCCGGAAAUUUUCGAUAUGGCAAUUAAGGCCUCAAAACUGAAGGAUCUCAAACCUGAGCAAUGUUUACACAUUGGUGAUGGACCCACAACAGAUUAUAUGGCUGCCAAGGGGGCUGGUUGGAAUGCAGCUUUGGUGCAUGAGAAAAAUGCCGAAUAUUUGAUGGAGAAAUACGGGGAAGAUAAAAUCGAUCCAAGCUAUGUGUUUCCAAGCUUAUAUGACUUCCACAAGAAACUAGCCAACAAUAAUAUAGUGUGGUAGAUUUAAUAUAACAAAAAAUAUAUGUAUAUAUGUAAUCUUUCUUAAUUGUAAGCUGAACUAAAUUGCAAUAAAACUAACAAAGUAACAAUUCAUUUAAAAUAAA